AUGCACUGGUUUACGCCCUUCUCUUCUCUCAUUGUGAUGGUGAUGGUGGUGACAGCUCAAGAACAACAAAGCACACCAACACCAUCGACUCAAGUUUCUUCUUCUCCUUCUAUGACAAGCACCAUCACCAGCUCAUCCGCCAAUAGUACCAUCACUCCUACCUCUGAUGAUAACAGCAGCAGCAGCAGUACAAGCUCAUCCUCGAAUGAUUCAGCUACUACAUCAACUACAACCAUGUCUUUUUUGACCCAUUUCUCUGCACCAGCGCAUCGACCAAGCAGCUCUUCUCUUUCAAGUUUCCAUCCAACGCAAUCUGCACCUUAUCCCGAUGACACAGUCGGCAAAUAUGGUCCACUCCAUGUAUCCACGGCUGCCACAACCCCAUGGAUGUUUGUCAUUUCUAUUACCAUCAGCACCGUUGUCUUGUUAUUGCUAUCAUCAUCAUCAUCCAUAUAA